AUGGAUUACAAAACCCCAGCUAUCCUAGCCGCUACCGCCGUGAGCUCCAUGUUCAUCCUGAUAAUGCUCCUCCUCGUUAUGUUCGCCUGUCGACGCCGCCCUGCCAUCGAAGACCAUCCUCUCCGGGCUCGUAACUUCCCCGAUCCGAUUCCUUCGUCGUCUCCUGAUCUUAACUCCGUCACAGAGACCGAAAGCGAGAGUUUCGAUCCCUCCAUCCCCCAGACAUCCAUGGCGGAGCUCUCAGUCGCAACGAACGGCUUCUCCCCAGAUCUAAUACUCGGCGACGGAAGCUUCGGUCAAGUUUACCGCGCAGAGCUCCCAAACGGCGUCGUAGUAGCCGUGAAAAAACUCUCCCCCGACGCGUUACAAGGAUUCCGUGAAUUCACCGCGGAGGUAGAAACCUUAAGUCGGCUCCGUCACCCAAACAUCGUUCGAAUCCUCGGUUACUGCAUCUCAGGCUCGGAUCGGAUCUUAAUCUACGAGUUCUUAGAGAAUCGAAGCCUCGAUUACUGGCUACACGAGACUCCAUCGUCGUAUUCAGUGUCAUGGUCAAAACGCGUGAGCAUCGCGCACGACGUAGCGAAAGGGUUAGCUUAUCUUCACGGACUUCCGAAACCGAUCAUUCACAGAGAUAUCAAAUCGAGCAACGUUCUGUUAGAUUCGGAGUUCGUGGCUCACAUAGCGGAUUUCGGAUUGGCGCGGAGGAUGGAAGAUUCGAGAUCGCAUAUUUCGACGCAAGUGGCGGGGACGAUGGGGUACAUGCCGCCGGAGUACUGGGGAGGGAAUACGGCGGCGACGGUGAAAGCUGACGUGUAUAGCUUUGGGGUGCUGAUGUUGGAGAUGGCGACGCGGAGACGGCCGAAUUGGCCGGUGAAGGUUGAUGGGAAGGAAGUUGGGUUGGCCCAAUGGGCUGUGAUGCUCGAGGGGCAGAAUCGGUAUUACGAAAUGGUUGAGUCGGGGGUUGUUGGUGGUGGUGGUGAGAAUGAGAAGAGUGUGGAAGAGUAUUUUAGGAUUGCUUGUCUUUGUAUAAAAGAGACCAUGAGAGAACGGCCUACGAUGAUUCAAGUGGUGGAGAUGUUGGAAGAGUUGUGUCGAGUUGAUGCGUAG